AUGGCCGCGUUGGAAGCUGAUACUGACGACAUUAUGAACAAAUACCCUGAUUCCUGCGACUUUUCUAUUGCGAUGGCAGACCUCUUCAUCAAUGCGGACGACGAGAAUCGUAUGCCGACUCAAGAGGAAGUUGUACUCGCUGUUCAGGCCUACAAAUCCUCGGUUGGAGAGGAAUUCACUCAUCCCCUUCUCAAUGACCCUGCUAGACCCCUGAGGAAGAGGAAAGCACCUACACAGUAUAGCGAUGAUGAAGACGGGUUCGGAGAGGAAGACCGUCAGGAUUUUCAGGAAACCGGAAAAAGGACUCAGAUGGGUGGCGGUAUCAAUGACGAUGAGGACAGUGACUACGAGCCAACACAGAGGACGCGGAUGAGUGAGAGAAGCAAUGAGGAUGGGGACAGUGAUUUAGAGCCGACUCAGAUGACUCAGAUGAGCCACCACAGCGAGGACCUCAAUGUCCAAGAUAAUGAAGACCUCAACGAACUAGAGCCGAAGCCCAAAGCUCAGAAAUUCGAGUACGAUUCAGACAACAUAGAUAUCUACCAAGAUCACAUCUCCCACAUCGACCCAGUGUUUCCAUCUGAAGACCAGUGCGCGAAAUGCCUCAAAUCCGGUUUUCGAUGUUACGAAUAUGCACAACCUACAACAAAGCGCGCUUGCCGGCGAUGUGUACGUUUGAGGGUCGGUUGUUCCACGUCCUGGAGGAGGACAAAAGGUCGACGAUUCAAAAAAGCCAGAGUUGUAUCUUUGUCCAAGGUUCAAGUCACUUCCAGGAAGCCCCGAAAUGCCGCAAAGAAGAAAAGGUCCUCGGGUAACAGCACCGCAGGGAAGACUGCAUCUCGAGCCAACCUUCCAUCAAACAUCCCUCAGAUGGACAACCUUUGUGCCCGUCUCAUCGCUGUGGAAAACUCUCAGAAGACCUUCAAAUCACAAAUUUCAACCCUGCAGUCGUCUAUCAAGGGCUUUGAAGUCGACCUUGAAACAUCCAAUGCAUACAUUGAGACGAACAUCAGCUCUAUGCACACCGAGAUCAAGGAACAACUUGGGACCAUACACAACAUCGAGUAUAGGAUUGACAAAAGGCUCGACAGUCACCACGAGCAACUGGCUGCCGUUCGGGACCAGCUGGAUGUUCACGAGGCUAGGAUAGAGAACCACUCCCAGCAGCUUGUUGGAGUUCGUGAGGAGCUUAGAGUCAUGGCAGCAGCAACAUCCGAUAUGGCGAGGAGCACCCGUGACGUCAUGGCUAAUCUGGAGAAAACGAUGACUACGACAUUCAAAGAGGUAUUUACGAACACCUUUGGCAACAACACAUUGGAAUCCAGAGUUCGACGUGUUAUACACGACAUUGCUUCAACAUCCCCUCUAACCACCAGCAGUAACAAUACUGGUUCCUCCGCUGCCACUUCCAUCGCACCAGCAUCGCUCAUUCUCAGUUCUUCCCCAAUAGCCCCACAAGAUGUCCAAACGGCGCAGGUAAUCUGGUCGGUAAUCAAAGAACGUAACGAUUUCUUCGAGGAGGUAAUUGACGUCGAACAAUUAGAGGAUCAAGACGUCACUCCAGGUGUAGAUGGCAGAGGGAAAGUAGGGGUUGAAAAGGAGAAGGAUCAGGAAGCAGUGCGAGCGAAUACCAACAAGAAGCAGGACGAGGUCACCCCAUAUACCCAGGAUGGAGCGGACGCUUCCACACAUACCCAGGAGUCAGCGGACGCUUCCACACAUACCCAGGAGUCAGCGGACGCUUCCACACAUACCCAAGAGUCAGCAGACGCAUCCACACAUACCCAGGACGCAGUGGACCAUACUAGCACGGAGGUGAAGAAUACAGAGAAUCGCACUGAUGUGGAGCUAGGGCCUGUCAAAGGUUUCACAGAUAUGGCGUCCGAUGUAACUGCAAUCAAGGCCGCUGGUGGACAUGAAGAUCAGUUCAUGCUGAAAGAGCCGUCAGGGGACGCAGUGAAGGUUACAGAGCAUCGCCUGGUUGCUGGGGUGGUUGCCGCGGUUGAGGGUAACGUUACAGAUACAGCACUUGAUAAGGAUUUUGGGGCCGAUGGAGAUAAUGACACAGUUGUCAAUGGAGGCACAGCACCUGAUAAGGAGCGUCAAGAAGUUGGGACAGAGCAGGGAACAGGUUCGGAGAUGGUUGGGGGUACAACUCACGAUGCGGAGCGUCAAGACGUUGAGCCGGAGAGAGGAACAGGUUCGGAUAAGGUUGGGGGUACAGGAAAUGAUCAGGAGCAUCAAGACAUUGACACAGAGCGGGGAAUGGGGUCGUUAGACAUUGGGACGGAGCGGGGAACGUGUCCGGAGGUGGUUUUGGAUAACACCAACAAGGUCGAGGGUGGGGUAAAGGGAUUACCAACGGGCUCGGAGACGGUUGCGGACGAGGCCAGCAAUCUUCAGGGUGGGGUAAAUCACUUAGACCCGGUUGUGGAAGAAGAUGAGGAUGAAGAGGAUGGGGACCAUGAUUCGACAGCCCACCCUUCAAGGGAACAGACCCCAGUGUCGAACCUAACUUCCUUGAAGCACACAAACCUGCUGCCCGAAUAUAUGGAUAUAUGGAGCCCUGGAGCCUCCACUCAGAUGGACAGUCCAAGGUCUCCUGCUGUUCCCAGCCCCACUCCCACCCAACUUGACCACACUGAAACUCUCGAGCCCGACAAACCGAAGAGGUCAAGAUCCAGAGCACGAAGCACAGGCCCAACCCGUCAAAUGCCGAUUCGGGCUGGCAGGGGUGCAGGAAAACUAAUGUAA